GGUAGGUAGUGCUGGGUUUUGCUACAAUAAACUUUUAAAAUAGCAAACUUUGUAAUACUUCUAUGAUUUAUACUCUAGUAGCAUUUAUAAUAUGCCAAAUGCUGUACAAAUACUAACCAAAGGGUGAACCAUCUUACAGUCUGAGCAGCAAGACAGUGUUCUUAUUUUUUCUUACCCAACAUUAUUGUUUAAAAUCAAAACAGUAAUUAUGAAGGCUGCUAGAAUACACAUCCUUUAAUAUUAUGUUUAUAUAUAAACAAUGAAACAAGCAGAAGUCAAAACUGAUUUAGAAUGUAAAUUUAGUAAAAAGAAAUUCAUUUUGCAACUACAACUAAAACAAUAAAUAACCCCUAUGGCUUAACUCUAUUUAUGAUAUUACAAAAAUAAAAUGUUUUCUCUGGACUAAUACUAAGGUUAUGUUCUAAGGUGGUGUUCAUCAAAUGAAUGAUCUUAAUCAAUAACCUAGUUAUUGAUGCUACUAAUUGCUUCAUAACAUUUCAGUUCACACCUUGAAUGCAAUCUGAGGAAGGCAAGUCAUACCUACACUUGAUGUAAACGUGUAUUUUUGUGUACUUGCUUCUUCUUCAGAAGAGAUCUUCAGAAAGCUUUUACAAUACCCUGUAAAACAGAGAUUUAAGUAGGUGCCCAGUGUUACAUACACAGGGCUUACUUUGGCACCAUAUGUUUUUGUUUGUUUUGGAACUGGAAAAACAUUGCUGUCAAGAGUAGCUUGAAGUAAGAGUGUAGUAACUAGGUAUUUGUAGUGUACUGGAAAAACAUGCUCUACAACCUCUUACAGAGGAGGAGAGAAACAGAGGGAGAAGUGUUGGACAGCAUGACAGCCUGUGAGGAAACUGCAUUUACCAAUUCCUACCUGUUUUAGGAUGUUUUCUCUGUGCUUCACCCUUCCCCACAGACAUAUUUCCUUAAACCACAUGCAUUUUUCUUACACUUCAUUUUAUAGGGAAAACAACAUUCAUAUGUCCUUACUAAAUAUGAUUUUUAUAUAUGAUGUCAUAUAAAUAUGUAUAAUCACAUUUAUUUAUUCAUAUGGUAUAGUUUAUAUAUCAUAGAAUCCACUUUUUAUCCUUUCCUAAGUGUCUUUAUUAUAACAAAUAUAUAUAACAAAGGGGUUAGUAGCAUUUUCUAGCUUAUUCUCUAUUAACUAGAAAACAGAAAUACCCCUAAAGGGAUGGCUUAACAUCGCUAACCCUUAUGGAGAUGACUUAAAGAGAAAAUGUAUAUGCUGUUUUGUGAAGAAGUGCGCUUUUUUUAAUUUGGAAACGUAAGAGCUAAUUUUCAAUGUGCUAAGCAGCUUACCGAAGGAAACUUGCAUUCUGUAAAGGAGUUGAGCUCCAACUCAAGCCAUUUACACAAAAGUUUUCAGAUCACUUUCUGUCCUAGUAAUCACCAAUACCAAAUGUUGUAGUUUUAACAUAAUCCAUGUGAUUUAUUGCAUUCUCAGUGAUCCUGAUAGUUCAAGAAAAACUGAAAGAUAUUGUCUUGUACUGAUGUAUUUGCCAAAUGUAACUUCAUAUAAACCAUUUGCCAAAAUUCCACCAGUGUGUUAAAUGAUAAACACAGUUUAAAAAUGCUUUUAUUUAUGGGAAUUGAAUGCUAGCAAAUCUCUGCUGCUAGACAAAAAAUUCUGUAGGAGUCUAACCACACCAAAGGUAACUUCAUGUUCACCAUUUUACAUGUGCAAUGACAGUCAGUAGUAGAUUGAAGAGACCUGAAGAGUUAUUGGGAAAAUAGAAGGUUAUGAUAAGUUAGAAUAUUCAGUUGUAUGCAAACUUCUUCCUGGUAUAAUUCUUAUCUGUUGAUCAGUCACAUGAAUUGAAAAAUUACUUUAGUUGAAACCAGAGGCCAUAGUAUAAUUUCAUGAAAAACUGCUGUAUGGACUUUAUCCUCUCCUUGUUCCUGGGUCACGGUGGCCAUUUUAUUCUGUCAUUGAUUCCGUAAUUUCCACGUGGCAAAUGCUUACGAAGAUGAACUAAUAACCAGAGAGAUUAACAUCAAUGUACUGCUGUUGAAAUUAAGCAAAUGGAAUCUGUAAGAGGCUUUACAAGCAGUUGGUUUACUACAGACUACUGUAAGUAAUGAAUGCUUGGUAUGCAACUGCUUUUAAAUGUGAAUUACAACAGAUCUUCUUUAACUGUUGUAUAGAGCUCUAUCCUUACAUUGACAUAGCCCUCUUAAUUUGCAGUGGUUAAAAACAGAGCAUGAACUAAGAUUGCAGAAACUAGUAGAGCGUUCAGAGUAUCAAGAGCAACUGAAGUAUGACUUCAAUAUAAAAGGGGAACUGAGGCAUCUGGACACAAAUGAGUCCUUUGUUUUCAAUUAUUACAAGAAUUCGCAUGAGAGGAAUCAUGAACGCUAUCAAGUCUUGGGACAUCUGAUUACCCAAUAUGUUUAUGAGCUCCUAGAAAGAGUCUGCACACUGCAGAAAGUUUAUAUUCCUACUGAUGCUACAGAGGAUGAACCAAGAAGUUUCUUUUUUAUGAGUGAGAAAGCACUAACAAGUUCCACUAGCAUAAUUGUCCUUCUUCAGGACCGUGGAGUUUUUCAUGCUGGACAGUGGGGGCAAAAGACAAUCAUCAGGGAGGGCCUGAACCAUGGUACUCAAAUACCAUUCAUCAAAAUGGCCCUCCAGAGCCAUGGAGGAGUGAUUGUACUGAAUCCCAAUGACAACCUUGUUGACGUGAAGAUGGAGAGGGAGAAGCUAAGUUUAUCUGCCAGAGACGAAUCACUAACUUCUACGCAGCCCUGCCAGUGGAUCCCCAAGCGGUGCAGCAGCAGCCCUGAGGAGCACACCAUGUAUGUAUGGGACCACUUCAUUUCAAGGAGUGCAGCCAAGAACGUGGCCUUCAUUGCCCAUGGUUACGGUGGCUUGGUGUUCAUUGACCUGCUCGUGCAGAGAAAAUUGGAAGUCAUGAAUAAAGUGUACUCUGUGGCAUUCAUUGACUCCAUGCACAACAUACAGCAUCAGACUGGAAGCGAUCCACAAAUACAAGAAUGGAUACUGGAACACUGCCAUGAAUGGGUAUCGAACAGUAAGCCUCCGGAUAAAGCUGUGGGGUCCCUCAUGAAAGUGAAUUGUCCUACUGUCUCUGCUGGAACUGAAAAGUACAGCUUAGCACCUUCCUACUGCAUGCACGCUGUCUUUAAGUACCUGAAGAGCACACCGAAAGCUAAGACCACAACAGCCUUUACACGUUCACCUAUUGCAACCAGAAGCAGCACAAGUAAGAAGAGAGACAAUAAAUAAAGGUAUACUGAUUUGGUUUUGAUAGUGGUCUCUUCCUUCCAUAACCACCCCUGCACCUAAGGCCCUUGGCAGUGGAGAGACUUUGAGUUGUAAAUUUGAAGCUAGUUUGUUUUUGAGAAACAUACAAGUUAACAAUUAGAAAAAAAGUGCCUUGUUGAAAGUUCUAGGUCACAUUCCUUUAGCUAUCUGUGAAACUGCAAGUUGCACAAAAUAAAGAUGUUAAGAUAUAUCAACUCUUAUCUGUAUCUUCUUUUAAAUAAACUUUCUGCAGUUUUAGCUCUAUAAUUAGAUGAAACUAUCAGCAAAACUGAUUUCUUAAGUACAUAGCUUUCAGUAAAAGUACAAUUCUGGAAUAUAUAAGGCAUGCAAAGGAACUAGCACUCUGAAUUAUCCUAUUGCCUACAACAAGAUUACUUCUCACUGUAUGUUAUACAGUGUUUAAAAAUCUUUCCAGAGCUGGAAGAUCCACCUUCCUCCUUGAAAUGUUCACUCGUAAGUUGAAUGAUACUCUAGGGAACUACAUCCUACUAUCCUCCCUCCAUUCAAAGAUGAUAUACCACAAGAAUGAUAGUGACCUAAAGUAAUUUUAAUUUUAAAUCCAACUAAGUCAGUGAGACUACAUGCAGUUGCUGUGGACAUAAAACACUCUAGCAACCUUCAAUUGUCAAACUGAUGCAAGAGAAUGACACUAUUUUGUCUCACUCAUUUUAAUUUAGAACUAAAUGGGAAAGAGUUUUUAAAUGUCCAUACUCAAGGUUUGUGAUUUAUGCAAGCAAAAGUUCAAAUAGCCUUAAAAGUACAUGUAAAGGAAACAGCUACGCUGAAUUUUAAGUUAAAUCUUGUGGGAACUGAAAGUGAUCCAUGUCUGCAAAAGAACUCUGAAGGAUGAUAAAAGCUUUUCCUACAGCGUCAGUUCCUAUCUCAGUCAAAAAAAUGACUGAACAGUAAAACAGUAACAUUGGUUACAGAGAAUGGAGUCAAAUUCCCUUUCAUAUUUAUACCUAUUUGCGAUUUUAGUCAUGUCUGCUAACAUUUGAAAAAGUUUCCACCCCGUUAUUCAGUAAUGGAUGGAAACAUGAACAGUCAGGUAAACACUUCCAAUAGCAACUAUGGCUUUUUAAAUUAAGCUAGGUGGGCUGAUAUUACAUUUGAAUGAAAGUUGUAGUAAAUAAA